AUGGCUCCUGACUUGAGCGCUAUUUCGACCUCUACUAUGGGACGACCUCGUGCAACAACAUCGGCACCCGCUAUGGCAUCGCAAUCUCUAACACCCCGACAACCAGCGCAUGGUCCUCAUAUCUCUGCAGCACUCCCGCCCCCAGGGAGUCCACCACUCGGAACGGGCGAUAAUGGGAUUACAAGAACCGCUCAGGGGCCAUUGCGUCAUCCUCAGCCGCUGACGACUUCGGAUCUCCAUCUAGUGCUCGAGAAAGAGCAAGAAGCGAUGGUGAAUCGAUUGACUCGAGAGCUAUCUAUUCUCCGCCAGCAGACAGCAUCUGUGGCAUCGACAGCAUCCUCCACCUCGACAUUUAACGAGGCAGAUGGCGCACGGGCAUCGCCCACCCUCAGCAGCUCAACCCCAUCUCACUCUGCGCGACGGAACCGGUCCAGUUCGAGCCUUAGUUCACAUGCUUCAGCAAACCAGGGCCAGCAGUCUGCAAGUGUCACUGGAAUUGCUCCAUCUCGAGAGAUCCCAUAUCGCCCGACAGACCAUUCUCGAACGGCUCGCAGUCGAGAGCCAUCCCUCACAUCUCGCCGACCUUCCAUCGGGUCACUUUCCUCAUUCUCCCACAAUAACAGCAGUGUAUACCCACACCGGAACUCAGUAUCACAGACCCAACAAGGCCAUUCACCCGGGAGCUCGCUGUCGCGGUUUGAGGAGGCUACACAUCAUAGGUUGGAGGUGGAAUACAUGAAGCGGGAGAACGAACAGCUCAGGAGGCGCGUGCGGGAUCUGGAGCAGACUUUAAAGAGACAAAAGGAGGAUUCGGCAACUGAAGCUUCUGUUACACCGUCGGAAAGAAUUAGUGAUGCCUGA